CACUUCAGUUCUGCGAAACAAAGAAACAAAAAAUUCACAGAAGAGAAAAAGAAGGAGAAGAAGAAGAAGCUUGACGCCAAUGCGGAUCUCAAAAUCCUUCCAAAAGGCAAAAUCAGCGAAGCCUAGAUCUCCAUUCCUCCUUCUCACCGCUUCAAUUGCAUUGAUUGCGCUCCUAUACGUCCUUACAUCUUUACUUUCCACGAAUGGAUUCUCCUUUUCCACGCAAUCAACCAUAAGGAAGUUGGGCAACGCCUCCGCCAAUCGCCACACGAUGCACGAGAAGUACUUGUAUUGGGGCGCCCGGAUUGAUUGUCCUGGAAAGCACUGCGAUUCCUGCGAGGGUUUGGGGCACCAGGAAUCCAGCCUUCGGUGCGCUCUCGAAGAAGCCAUGUUUCUCGGCAGGACCUUUGUGAUGCCGUCUAGAAUGUGCAUAAAUCCUAUACACAAUAACAAAGGGAUUCUUCAUCAGUCCGAUAAUAUGGCUUCUGAGGAAAGGUGGGCAACUAACUCCUGUGCUAUGGAUUCUUUGUACGAUUUGGAUCUCAUCUCAAAUACAGUACCUACAAUUUUGGAUAAUUCAAACUGGUGGCACGAGGUCUUGGCAACAAGCAUGAAAUUGGGAUCCCGAGGGGUAGCACAUGUGCAAGGAGUUAGUCGAGUAGAUCUCAAGGAGAAAAGUUCCUAUGCUAACCUUUUACUCAUAAAUCGAACUGCAAGCCCCCUGUCUUGGUUCAUGGAGUGCAAGAAUCGAAAUGACCGAAGUUCUAUUAUGUUGCCAUAUUCAUUUCUUCCUAAAAUGGCUGCAAAAAGACUACGAGAUGCUGCAGAAAAGAUUAAAGCCCUACUCGGAGAUUAUGAUGCUAUCCAUGUUCGGCGAGGUGAUAAAAUCAAAACUAGGAAGGACAGGUUUGGGGUUGCAAGAACAUUACAUCCUCGUCUCGAUAGAGAUACUCGCCCUGAGUUUAUUCUUUGUAGAAUCUCAAAAUGGGUUCCUCCCGGGCGAACCCUUUUCAUUGCAUCCAAUGAAAGGACCCCGGGCUUCUUUGCGCCUUUGGCCGUAAGAUACAAAAUGGCGUAUUCAUCCAACUACAGCAGCAUUUUAGAUCCAUUAAUCGAAAACAACUACCAAUUAUUCAUUAUCGAGAGGCUCAUUAUGAUGGGAGCCAAAACAUUUAUAAGAACCUUCAAAGAAGACGACACGGAUCUCAGCCUAACAGACGACCCUAAAAAGAACACCAAGAACUGGCAGAUACCUAUUUACACCAAGGAAGGAGACAAAUGCUAAUUGACCUUUCGGUAUUUCUUUUCUUGGUCGAAAAAAUUGUCGCCAAUAUGUGGUGGACUGCUUCCACACCCUCUACUCCGACCAGGUCUGCUUCUUCAUACAAUACAUUACCCAGCCUGGAUCUGCAUUGUCUGAACCCGCCAGUAAAGGUAACCAACUCGACUCGACUCAACUUUGUUUUGGUAUAUAUUAAGUGAAUAUAUAUAUAUAUAUAUAUAAUUGAUAGCUAGACUGGAAACUUGGCUGGUUGAGUUCAUUUUUUGAUUGUUUUGUGAACUACGGCUUCAAAUGUGUGUAUGUGUGUGUAACCUUUUUUAUAUGUACGAUUUUGGAAUUGAAGCGAUAGUAUAGAAGAUGAAACUUUAAGUUUUCGACAUGAAGAACAUUUUUCGAGCCAAGAAACCUAUUAUUGGUUGAA